AUGCAAUUUCUCACAUCCAAAACCCUCCUAUACGCCCGCGUGGCAUUCUUGCUAUGGUUAGCGUUCUACUUGUUGAAGAAUCCUGUUGCUAUCACCUCUGUUAACUUCAGCAUCCUCUUGGGGCAAGCAAUGAGAUUACCUAUCGUUGACGUUUCUCCUAACAAUCCACUCUUCGGAGUUUUAUCGUUGUUCAUCUCCAUGUUCGCCAUCAGUGACUUGAUCCCGGCUAUUGCGGAUAACAUAGCUUACUUCGAGACUCUCAUUCCUUCGAGACUCUUUGCUUUCUUCGCGUUGGGAGGUUUCUGCAUGAUCAGUGACUACUCAUUGAUAGCAAACAACUUGGUGUUUACGUAUUCAUUUUUGGAGAUCUGGAUCCAUUUUUUGAUUUUCAACAACUUGCGUGACGAAAAAUACUACAGAGCAAAGCAUUAUCUUGAAGAGCAUGGCGAAGAGUUGAGAGACCAUGUUGCUUCACAGGUUGUUCCCGUUGAGUAA